CCGAUGCGCUUCUUCUCUAGAACCGCGUCUCCACAGGCAUGUCCUCAGACAUGCAGCCACGGUGGCAUGAAGCGACCCAAAAGACAUCGCCAGGACAGCAUCUGCGCGGUGGCCGUGGCUAUUAACCAUGCGGCUGGAGCCAGAUAUCCCCAUCGUUUCUCUCUGUCACAGAAAAGUCUCUUUGGUGCUACACUCAGUACAGACUCUCUGAGUAUGCCAGCGAAGCACAAGAAAGCCCUGUGGACUGCUUAAUGCUCUCUGUUCCAUCUGAGUUGAAGGUGACAACAAAGAAACCAAAUGCCAUGGAUUUUGUAAAUUUGACAUACUGGAAUGUCUCUGAAGGCAAUGAGACAGAAGUUGUGGCAGAUAGAGACAGCCCUUACAAGACUGUGGAGGUAGUAUUCAUCGUGUUAGUGGCUGGUUCCCUGAGUUUGGUCACUGUUAUCGGCAAUAUCCUGGUCAUGCUUUCCAUCAAAGUGAACAGGAACCUACAAACCGUCAACAACUAUUUCUUAUUUAGUCUCGCAUGUGCAGACCUAAUCAUUGGACUGUGCUCUAUGAACUUGUACACAAUUUAUAUAGUCAUCGGUUACUGGCCUCUUGGGCCAGUCGUGUGUGACUUAUGGUUGGCUUUAGACUAUGUUGCCAGCAAUGCAUCUGUCAUGAAUCUUCUCAUAAUAAGCUUUGACAGAUACUUCUGUGUGACGAAACCCCUGAGCUAUCCUGUGAAGCGAACCACCAAAAUGGCAGGAAUGAUGAUUGCUGCCGCCUGGGUCCUUUCUUUCAUCCUCUGGGCACCUGCUAUCCUGUUCUGGCAGUUCAUUGUUGGGGGCCGGACUGUGCCUGAGAAAGAGUGCUACAUUCAGUUUUUUUCCAAUGCCGCUGUUACUUUUGGAACUGCAAUUGCAGCUUUUUACCUUCCUGUCAUUAUCAUGAUUCAGCUGUACUGGCAAAUUUCAAGAGCUAGUAAAAGUCGAGUAAAGAAGGACAACCGCAAGCCAUCAGGGUCAAACCCAGAAGCUUUGUCACCCGGCCAGAGGAGAGAGAGCACUCCGAAACCCAACAAUAACAAUGUUCCGGGGGAGGAUGGAACACAUUCCCAGAACCAGAGGGCAGAGGAUGGGGCAAACCAGCAUGAUGGAAAAUUGCAGAAUGGCAAAGGACCUUCAUCCUCUACGGCUGAUGUAGAAACUGAGGGUGACAGUGUGGCAAAGGAGAAUUGUGCUCCUGCAGAAGAGAAGGAGAGCUCAAAUGACUCAACAUCUGGCAGUUUGGCAGCUUCAAAUCUGAAAGAUGAAGAACACGUAGCAUCCACAGCAAACUCAAGCGCCGAGGCCACCCAGCAGCUUCCUCGUCAACGAGCCAAAGCAGGAGGCUCCAAACUGACCUGCAUCAAAAUCAAGACCAAGUCUCCGAAGGGUGAUUUCUACACACCAUCAAAUGCCACAGUUGAGAUUGUCCCAGCCACAGAACGCCAGAACAAUGUGGCGAGGAAGAUCGUGAAAAUGACGAAGCAACCUCCAACCAAGAAGAAAAAAGGGGCCCCGUCAAGGGAGAAAAAAGUUACCCGCACGAUUAUGGCCAUCCUGGUGGCUUUUGUUGCAACCUGGACUCCAUAUAACGUUAUGGUGCUCAUAAAUACCUUUUGUUCUGCAUGCAUCCCCAACACUGUUUGGACUAUUGGUUACUGGCUGUGCUACAUUAACAGCACCAUCAAUCCUGCCUGCUACGCUCUGUGUAAUGUCACAUUCAAAAAGACAUUUAAACAUCUGCUUCUCUGCCAAUACAAAAGCAGUAGAUCAGCAAGAUAAAUACGGUAAAAGCCCCCUUCGGAGGAGGCUUGAGGUAUGAGUUGUCUGUGAGUAUAUGUUGUACUUAUGGAUGUUGUUUGUUAUCCAUGCAUAAGUGUUUUUUGUGAAAGAAAAUGUGUGAAAAAGAUAAAAGGACAUUUCAAAAUCAUUUCAAAAGUUUUCUCUCUAUAACCUGUUGUAGCACUUUACUCCUAUUCAGCUGAAUUCAGUUGCUUUCACUUAUGUAUUGGAAGAAGCAACAUAUAUGAGGAUGGUUGCAACAACUUAAAAGUU